AAUGCCGUAACUUGGCGGAAGUGUUUCUCCUCCAUAAUAAAAGCCUCCAAGCUCUGUCACUGCGGUGUCGGUUCGUGCUGCCUUCACGGACCUGCGGCUCACCUGAGCGAACCAGAACCUGAGCCAGAACCGGAACCAAAGCCGCUGGAGGACGGCGGACCAGGGCGCGGACCGACCGCUGGACGGACGCCGCGGUGAGCGUCUCCUCCCCCGGCCACAGCAGAGAGCAGCGUCCGCCCGGAGCUCCGGUGGAGGCGGCUAACUGCAGCUAGCUGGACCCACCGGGACCGGAACCGAGAGGGUUCUGGACCGGGUCUUUGUGUCGUCGGUAAACCGGCUGAACCGACCAGAACCGGAGCAGUUUUUUUCUGUGUUUUUUUUUAAUCCUCCGGGUCGGGACCGGGACUGACGGACCGGGACCUGCAGGGAGUUCGGGUUUCGGUAAAUCCUCUCCAGGACCAGACAUGAGGCCCGGACGUGACCCGGGACCCGCAGAAACCCGUUUCUAGCCUCGAACCCGGUUUGUCGCGGAUCGUUGGGCCUCCGGUUCCGGUUCCUCCAGCACCAUGGGCACCCAGGGACCGGGCCGGAAAAGGAUCCCGAACCGGGACAAGCUGACGGCGGAGGACGACGCUCUGAACCAGAUCGCCAGAGAGGCUGAGGCCAGGUUGGCGGCGAAGCGAGCAGCGAGAGCCGAAGCUCGAGAAAUCCGGAUGAAGGAACUGGAGCGACAGCAGAAGGAGCUCUUUCACUCUCAUAAGAAGUAUUAUGGUCUGGAUAAUAAGUGGGGCCACAUUGAGCAGUGGAUGGAGGACAGUGAGCGGUAUUCUCGCCACUCACGGAGACACGCUUCGGUGUCAGACGAUGAGGAGAGGAUGUCUGUGGGGAGUCGAGGCAGCCUGAGGCCUUCAGACUACAGUGGUUUUUUGGGCUCCAGCUCUCGGGCCUCCUCCAGGGCGAGUUCUGCUCGUGCUAGCCCAGUGGUGGAGGAGAGGACCGACAGAGACUUCCUGGAGAAGGGCUCCAGGACGGCGUCCACGCUGUCCGCCGCCACACUGGCCUCUCUGGGCGGAGCCUCGUCCCGCCGGGGCAGCUGUGACACAUCGUUCUCCGUGGAGACCGAGGCGUCCAUCAGGGACAUGAAGGACUCGCUGGCCGAGGCGGAGGACAAGUACCGGAAGGCCAUGGUGUCAAACGCCCAGCUGCACAACGACAAGUCCACCCUGAUGUACCAGGUGGAGGCGCUGAGGGAGGAGCUCAGCGACAUGGAGGAGCUGCUGUGGGAGGCUCGCCGUCGCCACGACGAUCGCACCAAGGAGUUUGAGCGCGAGCGUCAGAAUCACAGCGUCCUGCAGUUCCAGUUCAAAGAAAUGAAAGAAACUCUGAGACAAAGUGAAGAACUGCUGACGGAGGUCUCAGAUCUGCGUCUGAAGAGCAGCAGCUACUGUCAAGAGGUUUCGGACCUUCAGGAGGCUCUGCAGUGGAAGGAGAAGAAGAUCUCGGCCUUAGAGCGGCAAACAGAAAUCUCCGACAUCGUUCGGAUCGAACGCGACCGACUCAGAGACGAUGUGGUCCGACUGAGAGAUUUACUGAAGGAACACGGAAUCGUCGUGUCUCCGGACAUCACCACCAAUGGGGACGCAGGACGAGGCGGAUCUGAGGAUGACAUCAGCACGGAUGCUGCCGCCCGAUUGGCCCAGGAGGCGCCUCACGGUGGCAGAGAGAGCAUGCUGGAGCUCAGACUGAAGAAGCUGUUUGAAGAACGAGAGAGUUUACAGGACCAGGUGAGGCUGCUAAAGUCUCAACUGGACCAGAAGAAUGGGACCGACGGAGUCCAGAACCCAGAGGGGGGUCUGGAGAACGGGAUGGACACUCACCUGCUGGACCUGCAGAGAGACGCCAAUAGACAGAUCAGCGAUCUCAAGUUCAAACUGGUGAAGUCUGAGCAGGAAGUCACCGCUCUGGAACAAAACGUGAUCCGACUGGAGGGUCAGGUGAGUCGCUACAAGUCGGCCUCGGAGAACGCCGAGAAGAUCGAAGACGAGCUGAAGGUGGAGAAAAGGAAGCUGCAGAGAGAGCUGCGUUCAGCCCUGGAUCGGAUCGAUGAGUUGGAACUCAGCAACUCUCACCUGAACAAACGUCUGGAGAAGAUGAAGGCCAAUAGGAACGCUCUGCUGGCCCAACAGUGAAGCUCCGCCCCCUCCAGGUGGAGUCCCAUCAUCUGCAUGAAGCUCCACCCACCGAGCUAUCAACAUCCGCCUCGUUAAUUAGAGCAGAAUGUGAAGGUGGUGAGAGCUGAAGAGCUCAAACUUUAAAUUCGACGAGAUCAGAUCUGAAGCUUUCUUGCACUUGAUGAGAAACAAACCUUAAAUGUAGCUGAACCUCCGGUUUUCUCCACAUUACAGCUUCCUUUUUAUCCAAACGUGGGCUGAUGGUUGUUUUUACUGCGGCUUCCAGCACACUUUACAGUUUGUUUUUCUUCGUUGUGAUGUGGAGGAAACAGGUUUCCAUUGGUUUAGAGAACUAAUGACAUCACAGGAAGUGGUUUUAACGGUUUGUACAAAGCACUAUGGUGGUAGUUUACCUGCUCAGGUGACCAGACGAUCUCAAACACUAACCGAGGAACUGAAUGUGAUGACUUACUCAUGUUUUUCUUUCUGAUGCUCAAAUAACAAGCAAGCCUCGCCCACCUGGUGAUACAGGUGAGGUGAAACAAACACUACAUCUGCCUCAUCAGCAUCCAUCUAUGAGGACUCCAGUAAUACCUCUUCUACUACACUGGGGGCGCUGCCUCCCCACAGACUGGAUCAGACCGGAACAAACCGGAUCAGACUGGAGCAGAAUGAAUCAGUGUGGACCAAGCAUGAUUAGACCUGACUGGUCCUGAUGAAAGUGGACCAGGGGGACCAAACCAGAUCAAACCAGAUCUAACCAGCCAGACCGGUCAGAUCUGGUUUGAUCCUGUUUCAUUUAGUUUAAUUCAGUUUAUACUGAAUUCAACUGGAUCAAACCAGAUGAAACUGGACCAGAAUGAAUCAAUGUGGACCAAGAUGGAGUAGACCUGACUGGUCCUGAUGAAAGUGGACCAAGGAGAUCAAACCAGAUCAGACCAAAUCAAACCAGAUCAGACCAGAUCUUGAACUGAAUUGAAUCUGACCAGCCAGACUUGAUUGAUCUAUUUUGAUCCUGUUUGAUUUAGUUUAGUUCAGAUUAACUGAGUCAAACUGGAUUAAACUGAAUCAAACCAUAUCAAACUGGAUCUGACUGGUCUGGAUCCGACCGGCACCAGCUUUGUUUUUCAUUUUCUUUCCUUCUUGGUGGUUUUAGUUUCGUCUCCUCAGUUUUUCUGUUUUCCUGUAGAAACCGUCGAGCCAAUCAGCUCGUCCUGUUUUUAGUCUGACUUUAAUUUUCCUGGUUCGAGUUCUGGAGCCCCGCCCACUCCGCUGUGACAUACCUGUUCAGGUGACAUUGAGGGGUGUGGCCUCGUGGGCGGAGCCUGAAUCAGGAUCUUUAUGUUGGUUUUUAAGACUCUUCAUGGCACCCGGGAUGUAAAAGCACCAGCUUAUAAAAUGUCUGUAAUCAAUCAAUUAUCGCAGAUCAAUAAGUCUUAUUGGUAAAAGCAUCGAACUCUUAAAGUUGAUGUUGUGAAUGUACGAGACGCUGCAGAGCAUCGAUACGAAGCGAUCGCACUGAAGGUCUGAACUUGUUUUAUUUAAUCGAUCAGGAUGUGGGGUAUCAAUCAAUCAAUGAUCAGUGAGGGUUAUUGAUCAGUGUGACGGGUCUUUGAAGCACGAAAAUAAACUCAUGCAACAUCUCA